CGGUCUGCCUGCGCGGGGAGCUCAGCGCCCGGAGAGUGCGCGGCGGGAUUUAGGUGCCGCGCGGUGUCGCACCCUCCGGCGUCCCGGCGGCCAGCUUGCAGCAGAGGGAAGAGAGCCUUCAUUUCACAAAUAGGAAGCCAAGAGGCCAGCUUGGAAGGACUUGCGGGGUUCACAGAAAGCAGUGAUUCCUUGAGAACAGGCUACAGGUUUCUGUGGCCUGAAUUUGGUGUGGCGGUGGUUGAGGGGGAGAAGGAAAGGAACUUCCUGGAGUGUAUGCUGCAGGACAGGUGAAUGCAAGAAGUCAUUUCAACAUAGGCCGUGUGGUUCUCUGACUCAAGUCGGUUUGGGUCUUUUUGCGGGACUUCCCGGUCAUCCUCCGCUCCCAAAGCUCAGCCUCCCCAGCCCCUGUCCACCACCCCCCUGCUGAGGGGCUGCAGAGUGUAGUAUCACUCAGGAUUGGGGACCCUGACCGAACCCAGCCGCCCUUGCGCCCAGUGCAGAAAGAUUUUUUAAAAAGGCUUAUGGCACAUAGCACCAUUGCUAAAUGCCUGGUACAUUUAAGAAGGCUGACUCCACAAGAGGCCCCCUAGCAACUCUGUUACCUGGAAUCCAAGGACUAAUGCCGUUCCCCAUUUCAAGAUGCCUCUGCAGUCUGGAUAAAUGCAAACUGACAACUCUCAAGGUCACGACAAGGGGAAUCAUGACUGCCUGAAGCCUGGGAGACUGCCCUUAAUUAAGGAAAAUCCUCCAUCAUUGUUUGAAAUGCUGAGAAAGUUGUUGCGAAGGAGACUUUUCUCUUAUCCCACUAAAUACUACUUCUUGUUUCUGGUUUUUUCCCUAGUCACCUUCUCUGUUUUAAGAAUUCAUCAAAAGCCUGAAUUUGUAAGUGCUGGGCAUUUGGAGCUGGUUGGGGAGAAUCCUAAUAGUAAUAUUAACUGUACCAAAGUUUUACAGGGUGAUGUAGAUGAAAUCCAAAAGGUACAGCUUGAAAUUCUAACCAUGAAAUUUAGGCAGCGUCAUCGGUGGACAGCCAAUGACUAUAUAAACAUGACCAAAGAUUGUAACUCUUUCAUCAAGAGGCGCAAAUAUAUCGUAGAGCCCCUUAGUAAGGAGGAGGCAGAGUUUCCCAUUGCGUAUUCUAUAGUGGUUCAUCACAAAAUUGAAAUGCUGGACAGGCUCCUGAGGGCCAUCUACAUGCCCCAGAAUUUCUAUUGCAUUCAUGUGGACAGAAAAUCGGAGGAGUCCUUCCUGGCCGCGGUGAUGGGCAUUGCCUCCUGCUUCAGUAACGUCUUUGUGGCCAGUCAGCUGGAGAGUGUGGUGUAUGCCUCGUGGAGUCGGGUUCAGGCCGACCUCAACUGCAUGCAAGACCUGUACCAGAUGAGUGCAGACUGGAAGUAUUUGAUAAAUCUUUGCGGUAUGGAUUUUCCUAUUAAAACCAACCUGGAAAUUGUCCGGAAGCUCAAGUCGUUAAUGGGUGAAAACAACCUAGAGACUGAGAGAAUGCCAUCCAAUAAAAAAGAAAGGUGGAAAAAGCAUUUUACAGUUGUUAAUGGGAAGCUGACCAACACGGGGACUGACAAAAUGCACCCUCCUCUUGAAACACCGCUAUUUUCAGGCAGUGCCUAUUUUGUGGUCAGUAGGAAGUAUGUGGGGUACGUGUUGGAGAAUGAAAAAAUCCAGAAGUUUAUGGAAUGGGCCAAAGAUACAUAUAGUCCUGAUGAGUAUCUCUGGGCCACUAUCCAGAGGAUCCCCGAAGUCCCAGGCUCGCUGUCCUUGAGCCAGAAGUAUGACAUGUCUGACAUGCACGCGAUCGCAAGAUUUGUCAAGUGGCAGUACUUCGAAGGUGAUGUUUCCAAGGGUGCCCCCUACCCGCCCUGCAGUGGGGUCCAUGUGCGCUCCGUAUGUGUUUUCGGAGCAGGUGACCUGAAUUGGAUGCUACGCCAGCACCACUUGUUCGCCAACAAGUUUGACACUGACAUUGACCUCUUUGCCAUCCAGUGUUUGGAUGAGCAUCUGAGACAUAAAGCCCUGGAGACACUGAAACACUGACUCUUCGUUGUAGGCAACUUGGGAAAUAAGACACCUGUGAGGCGCACCCCAUCUGACUCUUCUUCUGUCUUGUUAAUACACAUCAGAGAACUAUAGGGGGCGCUCUUUGGGGGUGAGGACUCCAACUGGGCAGGUCCUUCAGGCUGUGCAGUUUCUACGGGGCUCGGUGGGUUAGAAAGGUUAUAGCAUCAAAUAUUGACCUAGACUUAGCAUGCGGCCAGGGCCGACGAUGAGUGGCCCAGGGGGCUGGAGGAAGACACAGGACAAAAACCAGCUGUUCAAAGAGCUCAGGGACUUAACAAAAUGAUUUCAUCUGUGCCAAAUUCCUUCGAGAGCUUUAAAUAUGACAGUUUUCUCGAUUUGAAUAAAUACAUAGCAACCACCAAUGGUAAGGAUAUAAUUUAUCUUGCAGGAUUUUUUGCUGAAAUAGAUACUGGACUUGAAGUGAUCAUUGUAAAUACUUUUCUGCUGUAAUGUUGUGCCGUGUAAUUGUGUAUCUAUCGGUAUGUGUCAUCUCAGGGAACUUGAAAAAGUGGGCUUGAUUGAAUGUGAAUAUUUCUAAUUUUCCCCUCUAACAAUGGGUAGAUGUUUUUUAAAACCAAAAAAAAAAAAGGUGGUGAUGUGUAGUUUGAUUCUGUGAAUCAUCUUAGCUUAUUAGAUAAGAUAUCUUAGGUUAUUUAAAAAGUUAAGAUAUCUUUGUUGCUACAGUGUCCUCAGAGAAACACUAAAUUUUUCCAAAUAUUUUUCACUACCUUUCCCCCCUGGUCUCCUCAGACUGAGCUCCGCAUCGGGCUCUGUGCUGACAGCACGGAGCCUGGAGCCUGCUUCAGAUUCUGUGUCUCCUUCUCUCUCUGCCCCCUCUCCACUCACAUGCUGUCUCUCUCUCUCAAAAAUAAAUAAACAUUAAAAUUAACAUGUUUGAAAAACCCCUCGUAUUACUGCCUCAGUUCUCUUUUGUGAUUCAGGGGAUCGGAAUCCAUGCAGGGAUCUCAGAAAGGGUGAGGUAGGUAGGGGAGUGGCAGGAGAGGCGCCCUAUGUGGGCAGUUUCCAAGGGCUGUGAGAAUGUUCUUAACCAGCCAUCUGUACUGUUUGCAGACAUCAAGGCUGUUGCUCUUUGAACCCACUGUGUCCAGUGUCCCAGGGUCUUGCAUUCUAAUGUCACCUGUGUCUCCAUUUGAAAAGGACUGGCAUCCUGCCCCUUGGUUGGUCCUUGGCCCUUGGAUUAGAAGUUGCCUUCUCUCUGGGAAGCCAGCCUCUGUGCUGUUGUUCCACAUGCAUCCUUGAAGGCCUGGGAAUCUCGAAGGGAACAUCAGGUUUGGGGCACAUGGUUUCAGGGUUUAUUAUUCACGGCAUAUGGUUUUUGCUCUACUUUUCCACCAAAAGGCCAGUGAUUGGAGGUGGCUCUUGUGCUAGCUCAUAUCUCAAAACUAAUGAGCAGUAGAAAGAAAAAAAAAAAAGAAAACGUGCUCUUUUGAUAAGCGGA